AAUGGGCGUCAUUCCUCUUCGGACGUCGAGAUCGACUGCUGCAUCGACGAAGAAGCGUCGUGAGCGAUUGGCGUUGAUCAAUGACUUCCGUGCGACCUACCAGCUCUCCGUCAUCGACCUCAUGGGCGCCGAAGCAAUCACGGCACGGUCCGUGAAGGAACUUGCAGAGAGCGACUACGAUGAUGAGACAAUCAUGAAGGCUUUUGUUGUGAGAGCCAUCGAAGCGCAGGAGCACACAAAUUGUCUCACGGAAGUCCUGUUCCACCGCGCAUUGAUCCGCGCAAAGAAGUCCGAGAAGAGCGGCAUGAAGGGUGGUCUGUCUGGCGUACCUGUAACAUUCAAAGACACUUUUGACAUUGCUACGGUCGAUAGUAGUAUCGGUUUCUCGGCAUGGUGCGAUCAGCCCGCCGAAGUCGACGCGGAUCUCGUGAGGAUCGUGGAGGAGGGGCUAGGAGGCAUCUGCUUCGCAAAGACAAACGUACCACAAGGUCUGUUGGCAUUCGAAUGCGGCAAUCCCGUGUUCGGCAAUACGACGAACCCCUUUUCCUCGAACCACACAUCGGGCGGAAGUUCCGGUGGAGCGGCUGCUUUGUUGGCUAUGAAUGGAUGUGCUGUCGCUUUCGGAUCGGAUAUGGGAGGAUCACUGCGGAUUCCAACGCACUACUGUGGUAUUUACGCUCUCAAACCUAGCCAGAAUAGGUUUUCGUUUGAUGGAAAUAGAGGUGUCGACAGCGGCUUUGAAGCUGUUCCGGUGGUUGUGGGACCUAUGACACGGUCAAUCCAAGACCUGAGAUACGUAUCACAGCAAGUCCUUGAUGCAUGUUGGGAGCAUCCGGACUUGAUUCAUGGACGAUCGCCACUGCCGAUACCGUGGAGAGGGGAGGAGGUCGACAAGGUCCAGAAAAUGAAGUUGAGGAUUGGCUAUUAUCUGGAAGACGGAUGGUGCAAAACGAGCCCCGCUUGUGCAAGAGCGGUACAGGAAUGUGUCAAAUCCUUGACACAAGCCGGUCAUGAUGUAGUUAAGAUCGCCCCACCACAAGCCGAACGAGCUGCUAAAAUCUUUAUCGCGCUUUCGACUGCGGACGGGUAUGACAGUAUUCGUGAAUUACUGCGUGAAGGAUGCGAUCCCCGUGAACCCCCCAUGUUCCUACCGUUACUCACGCCGCAACUGCCUCUCUGGCUGAGAUGGAUUGUGGUCAUCAUUAUUUAUCUGUUAGGGGACGCAACAUUCGCACGUUGCCUGCUAAUAGCAAAGAGGAAGAGUGCUCGGGAUUUCAUGCACUGGAGCAAGGAACGACAGGAGUACGAAAAGCUCUGGCAGCAGUCUGUAUGGCUACAGAAGGACCUGGAUGGCAUCAUUUGUCCUGUUAAUCCCUUACCAGCUUUGCCACAUGGGGCAACUCGUGAAUUAAAUUUGAUAGCAUUUGCGACCUUUUUAUACAACAUCCUCGACUAUGCUGUCGGUGUUAUUCCAGUCACGACUGUGGAUCGUGAGAAGGACGCCAUGGACCCUGAACUGCGCUGGAAUCCUAUUGGCAACCGGAACUUUAAGAUGCUGGAAUGGAAGUGCUAUGGAGGCCGUAAUCCUGUAUAUGAUGCGAACACUAUGCAUGGACUUCCAGUGGGUGUGCAGAUUGUAGGGAAGAGGUGGGAGGAGGAGAAGGUUAUUGGCUUGAUGCAAGUAGUUGAGGAGUCUUUGAGGAGGUGUAGGACCGACGGUGACUCGAGGUGAUAGGUUCAUUCCCCCGAAU